AUGCUCAAGUGCGAGAGUCAGGAUGGAGGCUUCUAUCGGCUGAACCCUGGGGAGGCCAGAGCGGGUUUGACUGACAGGUCAGGGAAAGAGGAGCGCAGCAGUUGCCAAGGCGAGCCGUACCCAGUAGCGAUUGGUAGCCGCAAAAGCAGACGUGGUGUGGGUUUGGCAAGAGCCCAUUAUGAGAAACAGCCUCCCUCGAACCUGCGCAAGUCAAACUUCUUCCACUUCGUUCUGGCCCUGUAUGACCGGCAGGGACAGCCCGUCGAGAUCGAGAGAACCUCCUAUGUGGAAUUUGUGGAAAAAGACAAAGAAUACAAUGGCGAGAAGACCAAUAAUGGCAUCCACUACAGGCUACAGCUUCUCUACAGCAACGGUAUCAGGACAGAACAGGAUCUGUAUGUUCGAUUAAUAGACUCCAUGACUAAACAGGCAAUCCUUUAUGAAGGCCAAGACAAAAACCCAGAGAUGUGUCGCGUUCUCCUCACCCAUGAGAUCAUGUGCAGCCGGUGUUGUGACAAGAAGAGCUGCGGGAACCGAAACGAGACGCCAUCUGAUCCUGUCAUCAUCGACAGAUUUUUCCUGAAAUUCUUUCUCAAGUGUAAUCAGAACUGUUUGAAAAAUGCAGGGAAUCCCAGAGACAUGAGGCGAUUUCAGGUGGUGGUGUCCACCACAGUGAACGUGGAUGGCCAUGUCCUGGCCGUGUCAGAUAACAUGUUUGUCCACAACAACUCCAAACAUGGGAGGAGGGCGCGACGCCUGGACCCUUCUGAAGCCACUCCAUGCAUAAAGGCCAUCAGUCCCAGUGAAGGAUGGACGACUGGGGGGGCCACCGUCAUCAUCAUUGGGGACAACUUCUUUGACGGAUUACAAGUGGUCUUCGGCACAAUGUUAGUUUGGAGUGAGCUCAUCACACCUCAUGCUAUCCGGGUGCAGACACCCCCUAGACACAUCCCUGGGGUCGUGGAGGUCACACUCUCCUAUAAGUCCAAGCAGUUCUGCAAAGGAGCUCCGGGACGCUUCGUCUACACAGCUCUGAACGAACCCACCAUAGACUACGGCUUCCAGAGGCUACAAAAGGUCAUCCCUCGUCACCCUGGAGACCCGGAGAGGUUACCUAAGGAGGUUCUUCUGAAAAGAGCCGCAGAUCUGGUGGAGGCACUGUAUGGAAUGCCUCAUAACAAUCAGGAGAUCAUUUUAAAGCGUGCUGCAGACCUGACGGAGGUGCUGUACAGCGUGCCGCGGAGCCAUAACCAGUUGCCCUCACUGACAGGCUCCAGCGCUCACUCGGGCAUGAUGGGAGUUAACUCUUUCAGCAGCCAGCUCGCCGUCAACAUCUCUGAGGCCUCACAGGGAGACCAAGGUCAGUGUGUGCUGUGA